AUGUCUCGCUGCUUUAUCGUUCCGCCUCACCUUCUCAAGGCUAUUUCUGAGUCUUCUGCCAAUUCUGAUGUUAUUCGUCAAUCAGCUCUAGCUGCCCUUUCAUCUCGCCAAGACGUUGUCGUCAAACGCAAGAACUGCUUACAUCGCGCACACCCUCGUUCUACUGCGGGCCCCUUUAUUCCGGCCCAUGUGCUCCGUCAUAUAUCGGAGUCUGAACAUGCGGAUGAGGCCUCUCGAGCAGCCGCGUUGAGAACUCUAGAACGUGACUCUUUAACUACAAGGGCUCAUCGAAUGGUCUAUGAUGCUAGACACGUCUCAAGCGAGGCUGAAUUACCCGGAAAGCUCGUUCGGGCAGAAGGCGACAAGGAGACCAAGGAUAACACAGCCAACGAGGCCUAUGACAACGUCGGAACUGUUUUAGAAUUCUUCAAGGAUGUCUUUGGCUGGAAAUCCAUUGACGAUAAAUAUGCUGAUAUAAUCAGCUCCGUCCAUUUUGGCGAGCAAUACGAAAAUGCUUUUUGGGAUUCAAAAGAGCGACAAAUGGUCUUUGGGGAUGGCGACGAGUUCCUGAGCAACUUUACCGGAUGUGUCGACGUCAUUGGACACGAGUUAACGCAUGCUGUCACCGAGCACACAACUGCACUCAACUACGAGGGCCAACCUGGCGCAUUGAACGAGCACGUCUCUGAUGUAUUCGGCAUCAUGAUCAAGCAAAAGGCUCAAAAUGAGAAAGCCAAAGACACCGACUGGCUUAUCGGCGAAGAUUGCAUCCUUCCCGGCGUCAAAGGCGUUGCUCUCCGAAGCAUGAAGGCCCCUGGCACCGCAUACGACGACCCUCGUUUUGGGAAAGACCCUCAAGUAGACAACAUGAGGGACUUCCAGCAAACGUACGAGGACAACGGCGGUGUUCACAUCUACUCCGGCAUCCCCAACAAGGCCUUUUACCUUGUCGCCCAGGCAUUUGGCGGCUACUCUUGGGAAAAGGCUGGAAAGAUCUGGUGGAAAACUUUGCAAACCAAAGUGCAUGCGGACUGCACGUUUCUUCAGUUUGCCGACGCCACUGUGGAAAUCGCGGAGCAAUUCGACCCCGAGGCAGCCCAGGCAGUUCGGAAGGCCUGGGACGAAGUUGGUGUAAAAUCUGAUGAUUCAGGUGGCUGGUGUGUUGUUCUCUGA